GGGGGACUGCCGUGUCAGGGUCUGUUUAGCAGACAACAGGCCGCCAGGUGGCGCUGCCACUGCCACCAAAGGACCGACUGGACUGGCCAGCUGGGCCCGGACAGUAAGUCCAUUCUGAGAGCGUAUACUAACGAGAUCGACCACAGUGUCCGUGUCCAGCUAGGCGUGCCACUGCUGGUGGGACUUGUUUACAUUGUAUGUACAGUACCCCUGUUGUUAUUGUUAAAAAAAAAUCGUUUUUCACCUACAUCGAGUCUCCUUUAUCCCGACACGUCAAUACACUGUGAAAAAUAUCGUCGUAAAUUUACAAUGUUUUUGUAAACCCGAAUAAAGUUGUGAAUUUACGAGGCUACAUUUUUUACUCGCCAAUGAAGCAUGUAGCUUUACGAUUACAAAUUUUCAUGUUCCAGCUUGCGUCAAUGAAAAUUUUUCUGAAAACUUACUUGAUAUUUUGCACAGUGAUAACAUGAAUCUUAAUUAAAGGCUACUGUAAAAUGAACAGUGACCAAAUAUUGGUCGAUACGAUCUUUAUUUCAUGAACCACAGGCUUUUCAAAAGGUAGUUGAACGGCACUUGAGGGAAACAGGACAAAUGUGGAGGGAGCAAACUGACUUUGAUUUGUGUUUGAUAUGAGUCUAUGGGUAGUGAAGAAUAUGGACACUUAAAAAAAACACAGCUCUGCUGUUUAGUACUUUCACCUGGAGUAAUGUUCUACCACAACAUAUACAAUCGAGACACCUCGUGUGAUGGCUCUACAGUUCGUCCUGUUGCUUUCACCAGAAGAGAGAAUUCUUAUCCAACACAAUUUGUACAACAUAGGAGGCUGCGUUGAUGCAUACGUACAUGACUGCUCCACUCGGAAGGCUCUGAAGAAGGUAGAAAAGAAUGAGUCUGUUAAGGAGUAUGUUUGUGCGCUGCAGAGUCUGGCAUUUACUACCUGUAGCUUCGGAACAAUUUGGCAAGAGGCCGUACGUGGCCGCAUCAUGUGAUGAAUUCUGUUCCUCUCAGCGCGUUUGAAGUGCUUCCUGGCAACCAGUGCUUACUGGCAACCAGAAACAGUUCCUUAAGCUGUGACCAUCGUUUAACAGAUUUGGCAGAACGAAGCUAUCCAAGCUAAGACAAGAUCAAUUACGCAAGUCAAUCGUUUGGUAUCCUCAACAUGGAAGGCACAAGCCAAGAAUCAUAAGCAACAUCCCACGAUGGCUCCUCAGCCUCAGAACUAGUCGAAGGGCACAGUGUUCAGGCCUCGUUUUCGGUCCGGGAGGAAGCUCAACGCCGAAACCUGUUUUUGACCAUUUUACCGACCUUAAAAAUGGUAGGCGGGUAAAAACUCCCAGGGUAAACAAUACAUUAGAGCAAAAACAGCUGCUGAGACUUUGAGCUCAUCUGUUGCUAGGCACAUAGUGACCAUGUUUCAAGUUUCAAACGGUGGCUCUGUAUAAUAGCUCUGAUUGACCGAGCUGAUAACGUGCCACUACAUUCUUUCUGGUAUGAACAACUCUCAGAUCAGUUUUGAGCUCCCCCCUAUAUUUAAGAGGUUACCACACUAGGACCAUAUUACCACGGUCAUUUCUCAUACUGUACAGGCGGAGAUAGGUAAAUCAGUGAGUUUGUUCUUUUUCACUUCCCUUUAAGACAGCCUGGAACACCCUAAAGUUCGACAUUUGCCGUGGAAAAUGUUCCAGGUUACAGUCUGAUAGCUGGAUGGGGUAGAUUGUACAACUUGGAGAUGUUAGAGGGAUUUCAGAUGAGGUCCUUUCCGCAUUAGGCAGAAUUGACCUGCUCAUAGGAGGUAUUUAAACUGCUGAUAAUCAUCUUUCAUAACAUUUAUAUACAUACAUGUAUCUAAUGGGACUGCAUUAUUAUUCUUUAUCAUGAAGGUAGUCCCUGUGAUGAAUUAUCUCUUGUCAACUGGAGAGGGAGAGGAUUACAUGGUAAAUUAUAACAUUUUAAUUCAUCCUUCUAAUCCAGUACAUUUUCCCUAAAGACUGUGCUGGUGUCUCCUGCAGAUAUUUUAAAACUCUCAGAGUAUCUGCAGGAGACACCACCAGGAGUAUAUGAGUGAGACUUUAUAUUGUUUCAUUCCAGAUCCAAAAUCAAGUGGUCAUCUGUUCUUCAAUUUUGUUCACAUCAGGAAUUUCCUCCAGAAGAGAAUGUCUUUGGCUGGAGUCCAUCUGUUCUGGAUGUUUGAAAAUACAACCCAUAUGAAAGAACAGAUAAAGACAGACAUCUGCACUGCUUUGGGCUGUGAACCCAUUACCCUGUGUCCAUCAUCACCUGUGUCUAUGGCGCGAGAGAGACACUUCUGGGACAACCUACCUGCUAUGUACGACUUAUGCACCGACACCACAGACACGAUGUGCCUGAAUCUUCAAGAUUUCCUAAGACCUCAUAGAACGGCAAAUUUCCAAUGUUCAAGAACCAUCACUACAAAUAAAUGGAAUCAGAAGAGAGGAACAAGACUGCCAGUCACCGUGAAUGGGAGGGAAGAUUAUAUGAAUGUCAACGAAAUUGAGUCCUUGAUGGGGUUUCGUCUUCAUUACACAGAUGCAUGUGACUUGUCAAUAAGGCAGCGAUUCAAUUUUUUAGCCAAAGGAUGGUGCAUUCCGGUUGUUCAGAAAUUGUUACAAACACUGAUUGAUAUUUUAUUUCACAAAGGCUGAAAGGUAGAGGAUAUAUACACUUAUUGUGUUGACUGUGUUGUGAUCUUAUAGUGAGAUCCUCUUGUUUCUUCUAAACCAAUAAGCAUGUAAUUCAGACCUUUAUUUUCCGUUUCUGUGAUGUAUUAUAUAGUAUCAUGACUGCUACCAUACUGUUUUCAAUACAUUGUAUUUCAACAUAUUGUGUAAACUAGUUGUAUUUAGUGUUACCCAGUGGCAAACCAGGGCACAAUUCAAUGCGACAAGGUUUCAUCAUUUCCAGACACACGAAGAGCCAAAAAUUGAAAUGACUCGAUACGCUAGUGUACAAUGACAGCUAUUAUUGUAUUACCCGGGUAAGAGAUUUUUUUCCCAGUGAGUGCUUUGUCGUGAGCUAGUGCGAAGCCUGUUACGCGAGAUGGGGUCUGGCGGACGUAUAGAUGUGAGAUUGGCACGCACAUUACAUCUGUAAGCUGUCCAAGGUGACCGCAGUUUCGUAGGUUUUAGGGAAGCCGCUCAACAUUGACUGCGGUUGUCAAAGUUAAGUCAAAGUGAAAGCCAGGGGUGCGAUGGCGUCAACCGGUACCGGUAAGGUGAUAUAGAGAUAGGUGGCCGCAAGCGGGCGUGGUGGGGGAAACGGAUCCUUUAAGGAUUGCGGGCGAACUAUAAUGGGCGCGACUUUGCCGGUUUACUAAAGGAAGUGAGUCACUCCUUUUCACAGUGUACACACGUAGGACCUACGAUACUUGGUUACCAAUGAUUCUCGCUUGUUCUUAAUGCUUCAUGGCUGCUGUAUAGUUUAAGUCUUAUCUGCGUUGUAUGAUGAUGUUCCUGGUCAUUGUUCGUGAUGUACGCCGUUUCCUUUCCUUUUUGUGCGGCGUUGAUGCCAAGACCGGUGUACACAUGAUUCCCAGAGUGCUUAACCCUCGGUUCGCAACCGAUAUGAGUUUCCUGUGAGAACGAAAUUAAUUGAUCUCUACAAGUUGUGAGUUCUUUUUUCCUCGUGUAUUAUUGGGCUCAAAGCCACGUCGUUGGCACGCAACUCAUCCCCAUUGGCUCGUGUUGCUUCUGUCACUAAACUAAGUCAAAGUAACUUUUGUUUCAAGCUGACUUCGAUCCUAACAAAAAUUGCAAUGACUCCGCCCCCAACGUCCUUUAGGAAUUCAAAGCAGAGGGCCAUCGGCCCUUCGAAGCACCGCCAUUGCCCCUAGUGUAUGAAUCAUCGAGCAUACAACCAGAGGCCUCCUCUUCCAAACGAAUUCAUUCUAAGCUUUGCGAGGUAACUGGCCUGUUAGCAGUGCGCGACACAUAACUAAUUAGUUCGCAGGCACACAUUUUUUUGCACCGUCAACAGAUAUCUAUGUAAGUAAUGGGCAAAUUUUCAGAAGUGAAAUAUGCAACUUAAGUGCCUAAAAUACGAAUACUCUGCGACGUUGCUUGCAGCUUUCAGUUGCACUACACACCUUGUGCUAGCAACGAUUUUACAGAGUGCCAUAGUCAGUCACACCAAACAUGUCGACGAGGAGGCUAUUAUUAUCAGCGGCAAUUCUCUGCUUGACCACUGGAAACAUUUGCUGCAAUUUGGUCUCGGUAAGAUGGCCGAAGAUUUACGGACACUCGUCAAAGAAAGGUGGAAUAUCGCACAAGAAUGUAGCACUGAUAGUACUUUAGGUUUUCCAUGAGCAGGCCAAGAUGUGCCAUUUGACAAUGUCCGUCGCUCAUCAUAAGGCACUAGAGCAAAGUCUGUAUCUUGGUCACUUUUGACCCUCACGUCGUCAUAGUGUCUUUUUCUGUACACCUUUCUAAACGGCUAACGUUAGAGCAUCGGGGAAAAGAUCAACGUGAUUAGCAAGUCACCAAGUCACAAGAAAAUCAAAAAGAUUAUUUUGUCCACCGGUGGGCGAAACCAAUCAUGUAAAUCGUUAGCAAUGCAGCUGUUCCGACGUCUUGCACGCAGAACUGAUUGUACGAUUUUCAAGUGGGUUAUUAGUAAACCAGUCUUAGAGCAAAGAAAAAACUACAAACUAACUUCCGAAAAAAGUGUCUGA